UCGGCAUGAUAUAUAUAUAUAAUAUAUGAACAUACAUAUAUAUGCGAUUCGGCGAAAUUAUCGGCAAAAGUGAUCGUUCUUGUUUCGUGAAAGUUUAUGUCAAGAAGAGAUGGGACAACACGUUUCAAGAACAGACUUCGAAUGGACUUAUACCGAAGAACCACACGCUAGUCGUCGUAAAAUAAUAUUAGAAAAAUAUCCACAAAUAAAGAAAUUAUUUGGCUACGAUCCUCAAUUUAAAUGGAUAGUAACUGGAAUGGUUUUAGUACAAUUUUUAUCCUUAUUUAUUGCUAAACAUUUAAGUUAUCCACAACUUUUUUUAAUGGCAUAUUGUUUUGGAGGUAUUAUUAAUCAUUCGCUUAUGCUUGCAAUUCAUGAAAUAUCACACAAUCUUGCCUUUGGGCAUGCAAGACCUAUGGCUAAUAGAUUGUUUGGAAUGUUUGCUAAUUUGCCAAUAGGAAUACCAGUAUCUAUCAGUUUUAGAAAAUAUCAUUUGGAACAUCAUCGUUAUCAGGGAGAUGAAAAACUUGAUACAGAUUUACCAACUUUAUUGGAAGCAAAAUUAUUUUGCACAACAUUUGGCAAAUUUUGUUGGAUAUGUUUGCAACCAUUUUUUUAUGCCUUUCGUCCUUUAAUAACUUAUCCGAAAGCGCCAUUAAUGCUUGAGUAUGUCAAUUUAGGUAUACAAUUAAUAUUUGAUGCAAUUUUGUGGUAUUUCUUUGGUGGUAAAAUAUUGAUAUAUUUAAUUGGUGGAUCACUUAUGGCGAUGGGAUUGCAUCCUGUAGCUGGUCACUUUAUAUCAGAACAUUAUAUGUAUAGAAAGGGAUUUGAGACUUACAGCUAUUAUGGACCUUUGAAUUUUAUAACAUUCAAUGUUGGGUAUCACAAUGAGCAUCAUGAUUUUCCUGCUGUUCCUGGUUCACGAUUACCUGAAGUAAAACGAAUUGCAUCUGAAUUUUAUGAUGAUCUACCUAAACAUAAUUCUUGGACAUCAGUAUUAUAUGAUUUUGUAAUGGAUCCUGAAAUUGGUCCAUAUGCAAGAAUGAAACGAAAACAUAAAGGCUUAAACUCAUAAAAAAAAUAUUGAACUUUUGCCAAUAAUUAGUAUUUAUAAAUACUAAAUAUACAGAUUGUAUUAUUAUUACACUUAUAACAAUGUAAGUAUAAUCAUUAUAUAAUAUUAAAUUCACCAAAUUAAAUUUAAUGAUCUUUAAGUUGCAGAAAUCAUAAGUAUUAAUUUUUAACAAUUUAGAUUAAUUUUAAUUGAUUUAAUAAUAUGAACUAACAUUAUAACGAAAAAUCUUAUUUAAUCAAAAUGAUCAAGAUUUAGUAGAAAUAGAUAUACAAUCAGUGUUCAUGAAUUUAAUAUUAUAUGUAACAAUGUGAAAGAAAUAAUUUAGCUACAAUAAUUAUAUUAUAUUUUCAAAUUUUAAAAAUGUAAAUAAGAUACUAUAUAUAAGAUAAGAUAUAUAAAGAUUAAUAUUUAUCUAAAGAAAAUGAUACAUUAUUAUAAAUCAUAAGAUGAGAUGAUUUCUGAUAUAUGAUAACAUGAACAUAUUACAUAGAUAAAUUAUGAAUAUUUCAGUAAUAUCAUUGAUAUAGCUGAAAACAAUUCAUUACUUCAUACAUACCACAGUAUUCCUAUUUCAUUUCAAGAAAAACAAAAUAUAUACGUUAUUAUAUAAAUAUAUUUAUUUAUUUAAGAUCAAAAAAGAAUUUGAUAUUACAUAGAAUAUUACAAGUACCAAUUAUAAUAAAUUCUAUUUUAUAUAACGUAACGUUUCAACACAAGUAUAACAAAAUAAUAUUUUAAAUAAGAUUUUAAGUAAAAUUUUAUAAAAGAAAAAGGAAACGAAGAAAAUAAUUCAAGUUAAUAUAUUAAGUUACAUAUAAUGGCGCUCUUUAUAUUUUUUGACAAAAAGAAAGAAACCUCCUACUAUUAUUGAUCUUUAUAUAAACGCUUGAACAAUAUAUGUAUGUAUGUGUAUGUAUGUGUGUAUGGCGUGCGCACGCAUGUGUUUUGUUUCUAUGAAAUAUUGUAGAUAAUUACUUCUUUGUGUGCGUAAACUCAAAGCUCAAAUUUUCUGACUUAUUCCAAAUAUUUGCUGUGCUCUCACACGUAGAGAAACCACAUAAUUCAUUCAAGUAUUUUGAUGAACUAUCGACAGACUAUUUUAUGAUAAAAAUAAGAAAAUACGUCUUCAGCCAUUCAUUAAUUUUUGAUAUAUUGUUUAAAAUUUAUAAAAAAUGUCUAGUUCCUUUUAUAUCUUUUUAUAUACGUACUAAAAAGUAAAAUUUCUAUAAGAAACAUUUAGCAAAUAACAAACAACUAGACACGUAAUUUAAAAAUCGUAGAUUCUCAAGUCUAGAUGGAUUACAUUUUCUUUCUUUCUUUCUUUUUUCUUUUUUUUUUUUUUGCUAU